AUGUCUGGGGAGCUGCCAUCAACUAUGAGCAACUGCACAAAUCUCAAAACCAUUGAUCUGAAGAUCAACAACCUCACUGGAGAUCUAGGGAAGGUAAACUUCGCCACCCUACAGAAUCUAAAAAGUUUAGAUCUCAUGGAGAAUAAUCUUGGUGGCAUAGUUCCAGAAAGCAUUUACUCAUGCAGCAAUUUGACUGCACUGCGGUUGUCAGCCAACCAUUUCCAUAGUGAGAUCUCCCUGAGAAUAGGCAAUCUGAAGCACCUGUCCUUCGUAUCACUUAGUAGAAACUCCUUUACGAAUAUCACAAAAGCUUUGCAUGCUCUUAAGAGCUGCAGGAACAUCAGCACUCUGCUUAUUGGCAGAAACUUUAUGAAUGAGGCCAUGCCACAAGAUGAAAGCAUUGUCGGUUUUCAGAAUCUUCAGUUUCUCGCCAUGCACCAGUGUUCAUUGACUGGACGGAUACCUACUUGGUUAUCAAAGCUCACAAGGCUCAAGGUACUGGUAUUAUCUAAAAAUCAACUUACUGGACCAAUGCCAAGCUGGAUCAACUCCCUAAACAACCUCUUCCAUCUGGACGUAUCAAACAACAGUCUUUCUGGGAAAAUCCCAGUCACCUUGAUGGAGAUGGCAAUGCUAAAAUCAGAUAAGCCUGCCAUCCAUUUGGACCCAAGUCUCGUUGACCUUGAUCUACUUAUUUAUGCUGUGGAUGCAUCAAAACUUCAAUACCGCAUACACAGUGAUUGGUGCAAAGUGCUGAAUCUCGGAAACAAUAAAUUCACAGGUGUGAUCCCACAAGAGAUUGGUCAGCUGAAAGCACUCCUUUACCUGAACUUGAGGUCCAACAACUUCUAUGGAGAGAUCCCACAAUCAAUCGGCAACCUCACUAACCUUCAGAGGUUAGAUUUGUCUAAUAACCAUCUGACUGGUGAAAUUCCUGCAGCAUUGGAGAUCCUUCACUUCCUUUCAGAGUUCAACAUUUCUAACAAUGACCUAGAAGGACCUAUUCCAACAACAGGCCAGCUGAGCACAUUUCAAGCUUCUAGUUUUAAUGGGAACCCAAAGCUGUGCGGCCCUAUGCUUAUUAACCAUUGUAGUUCGGUUGAAGCAGCUCCCAUCUCCAUCGUUUCUGCAAAAAAAUGCAGCAGUAAGGUCAUUUUAGCCUUUGGUGUGUUCUUUGGGGUAGGAGUGCUAUAUGACCAGUUAGUAUUAUUUAGAUAUUUUGGCUAA